GAAGUAUCUAACUGCAGGGAGUCUCCAAGUUGACGGCUGGAGCCAACCGCAGCGAGUGGCUGCGAGGUUCCCAGCGCAGGACCGGACCGGGACCCGGACCAGGACGCAGCACCGACCCCGGGACGCGGGACCCCGGACGCGGGACGUGGGACGCGGGACUCAGGACAGGUGCGGGGCGCACGCCGACCAUGCCUCGCUCCUUCCUGGUGAAGAGCAAGAAGGCUCACACCUACCACCAGCCCCGCGUCCAGGACGAUGAACCAUUCUGGCCUCCUGUCCUGAGCCCGGCGGCCAGCGACCCGGUCCCGAGCAGCCACCCUGUCCUCGGCACCCUGCUCCCGGGCCCGCGCCUGGACUGGCCCGACCUCAAGCGGGAGCCGGCGCUGGAGCUGGACCAGAGCUGGACCAGCAUGGCCUCGGCACCAGGGGGUCCUGCUGGGCCGUCCCAACCCCGGGACAGGGACUCGCCAGCCUCCAACUCCCCUCCGCUGUACAAGCCCAGCUUCUGCUGGGACGCCCUGGCCUCGGCCUACAGCCACAGCUACCGGCAGGCCCCCUCCACCAUGCAGUCCGCCUUCCUGGAGCGCUCCGUCAGCCUGUACGGCAGCCCCCUGGUGCCCAGCGCUGAGCCGCCUUUGGACUUCAGCCUCCGCUACUCGCCGGGCCUGGACGCGUACCACUGCGUCAAGUGCAGCAAGGUCUUCUCCACCCCACACGGGCUUGAGGUGCACGCCCGUCGCUCCCACAGCGGGACCCGGCCCUUCGCCUGCGACGUCUGCGGCAAGACCUUCGGCCACGUGGUCAGCCUGGAGCAGCACACGCACAUCCACUCGCAGGGGAUCCCGGCCGGGUCCAGUCCUGCGCCGGCGCCUGACCCCCCAGGGCCUCGUUUCCCCCGGCAGGAGCGCAGCUUCGAGUGCCAGAUGUGCGGCAAAGCCUUCAAGCGCUCGUCCACCCUGUCCACCCACCUGCUCAUCCACUCGGACACGCGGCCCUACCCCUGCCAGUUCUGCGGCAAGCGCUUCCACCAGAAGUCGGACAUGAAGAAGCACACCUACAUCCACACGGGUGAGAAGCCACACAAGUGCCAGGUGUGCGGAAAGGCCUUCAGCCAGAGCUCCAACCUCAUCACCCACAGCCGGAAGCACACAGGCUUCAAGCCCUUCAGCUGCGAGCUCUGCGCCAAGGGCUUCCAGCGCAAGGUGGACCUGCGGCGGCACCGCGAGAGCCAGCACAACCUCAAGUGAGGCCGUGCCCCUCCCAUCCCCGACCAGCCUGUCCUGCCGUCCUGUCGCCCGGAGGGAGGCCAGCCUCGUGCGCCCAGAUCCCCAGUCUCCCGGGGGCAACACUGGAUGGGAGUCCUGCAGCUUGUUUUGAGACGCGGGAAACUGCUGUGUGACUUUGGGCUAAUCGCUUUCCCUCUCUGGACCCAUAGUUCUCCUGCUGUAAAGUGUGGGAACUGGGUUGGGUCUUUUCUGAGCUGAAGGUAUAAUAACUUGGGUGACUUCCCCAGGGCAGAGCCCAGGCCAGAGCAGCCCCAUGUGGACCGCGAUGCCACGAUCAGACCAGACCCGCAGAGCCGGGACCCACAGAGAAAUCCUCCCGGUGCCUUCUGCCCACAGCGCUGGGAUCCGGUCCCCUGGGCCUUUAGGGGGCCUCUUUCAGGCGGCCAGAUGGUCAGAGCCACGUCCUGCCCCGGUGGGAUGCCCAGCACCCCUCUGCUUCAGCCAGACCUGCUGGUGACCCCCCACUUCUGACCGGCACUCAGCUGGGCUCUGGUCUGCCCUCAGACCCCCGGGCUGGAUAAACCAGCAGUUAUUGCUGUCAAAAGCCUGUUCCCCUCAACCGCUGUACAUGGAAAUAAAG